UUUUCGGAUGUUCCGCACUGUCGGACACAUACAUAGAUACAUACACAAAAGAACAGGUAUUUUAUGCUUCUUAUAUACAUUUAUAUUCAUUUGACAACCCUUUUAUCCCUUUUUGAAGUCGUAUCACUUUUGAUUCGACGCCACUACACACACGAGAAAAAUGACCAGGCAUUUUGCGAUUUUCACCGUUUUUCUCGUUGGUUUUGUACUAUAUUCAGAAUGCCAAAUCAGUGCAAUGUUCGGAAAUCCGAUUCAGGCAGCGAACUGUGAGACAUGGUCAGAGUGGGGACCAUGUGUUUGGUUGAAAGGGAAGGAGAAAAGAUGGCAACGCACCUACUUUGAACAGUUGCUCCCUGGCCGAAAAGGAUGCCGCAACCACGUCUUUUUCCGUCUACUCAAGGAUCGUUGGGGAGUGGCUUUCAACAAUUUCUACACUUAUCUGAGAGAUACUACAACUAGUGAAGAGCAGUGUGGAGAGUGCUCUUAUCAACAGAGUUGUGGUAGAAAAUGUCAUAGAAGAGGCGACAUCGGAAUCAUCAAUCCAUUAUUCGUCGCUGAGAGAAAAUGUAUGGGAGUUGAUCAGAGCAAAGCAUGUGUGUCAACAUUCAAACAGGACUGCAAAUUAUGGCCAAAUCCAGAAAUCAAACUCCCAAAUGUUACUGAAUCUAUGCAACAGAUUAUUGAUAAUUUGGACUAUUUACAGUGUGUUCCAGAGCAUCGCCCAUCUGGAUCGGUGUGCCGCUGCUGCUGUCACCCAUACACACCAAAUCCACAAACCUUCGAGUGUGAGCUGAAGCCGUACCUGUCAGGAAAAUAAAACUCACGACUUUUGAAUUAUUUAUUCAUUUAUUUGGAAACUUAAAACUUUUGACACACACACACAUAUAUUGACAAAUUGUGAAAUAAAUUAUUUAUUUAUA